AAGCUUGAAUGCAUGUGCCAUCGAAACCAGAGACCAUGAGCACCGAUGAUGGCAGAAUGCUCUAUAAAAAGGAACAAGCCAUAGCUACUCCAGAACAAACGCUCUCUCCCUCUCUUUCACUGUCCAUUAGGAAGCAAGACCUCUCUCUUUCGCUCUCUCGCCAUGGACCAAUUGAAGCCCUGCUCUGCAAACUCAGUCCCACUCACUCCUCUGAACUUUCUAGAGAGGGCGGCCCUGGUGUAUGGCGACUGCACCUCAAUCAUCUACAACACUACCACCUACACCUGGUCUCAAACUCAGGAGAGAUGCUUAAGGCUCGCCUCCUCUCUCUCCUCCCUCGGCAUAACCAGGGGCGACGUGGUGUCGAUUGUUGCCCCCAACAUUCCCGCCAUGUAUGAGGCGCACUUCGGUGUGCCCAUGUGCGGAGCGGUUCUCAACACCAUCAACACCCGCCUCGACGCCCGGAUGCUGUCAGUUCUUCUCCUUCACGGCGAGGCGAAACUUGCCAUUGUUGACUACCAAUUUCUGCAGGUCGUAACCGAAGCCAUGGCCUUGGUGUCCGUUCAAUCCGGAAAGCUGCCGAUGGUGGUUUUGAUCGGACAAGAAGAUGCUGAUGACGAUGGAUCUGAGUUGAAAAUCAACGGGCUUCAGAUCAUCGCUACUUACGAAGAGCUGCUCAGGAGAGGCGACCCUCUGUUCAAAUGGGUGAGGCCAACCAACGACUGGGAUCCCAUGGUCCUCAACUAUACAUCAGGCACAACUUCCGAGCCGAAGGGCGUAGUUCAUUGCCACCGCAGCCUCUUCCUAAGCGCCCUCGAUGCAUUGGUAAUCUGGGGAGUCGCCGGCCGACCGGUCUACCUGUGGACCUUGCCCAUGUUCCACGCCAACGGCUGGAGCUUCACUUGGGCGAUGGCGGCCGUCGGCGGCACCAACGUUUGCCUGAGACGCUUCGACUCGUCGGCCAUACGCUCGGCCAUAUCCGACCACAAGGUGACCCACAUGUGCGGCGCGCCGGUCGUCCUCAACAUGAUCGCCAACUCAUUCUCCGCCAGCCAAAAGCGGUACCUACUUCAUCCGGUCCAUAUCCUGACAUCCGGUUCUCCGCCGCCGGCUGCCGUUCUCUUGCGAGUCGAGGCACUCGGAUUCUUAAUAACUCAUGGGUAUGGACUGACGGAGACGGGAGGGGUAGCUGUCACCUGCGCAUGGAAACCAGGCUGGAAUUGCCUGCCUGCAGAAGACCGUGCCAGGCUAAAGGCCAGGCAGGGCGUAGGGACGCUAUCCAUGGCGGAAGUGAACGUCGUUGACAAGGAUACGCUCAAGAGUGUGCCUAGAAAUGGCCGGAAAAUGGGGGAGAUAGUGUUCAGAGGAGGGUGCCUCAUGUUAGGAUACUUGAAGAACCCAGAGGCCACAGCCAUGUGCAUGAGGGAUGGCUGGUUCUUUACCGGGGAUGUAGGAGUCAUGCACCCUGAUGGGUACAUCGAGAUAAAGGAUAGAUCCAAGGACGUCAUCAUAAGCGGCGGCGAGAACGUCAGCAGCGUGGAGGUUGAGUCGACGCUCUAUGGGCACCCGGCGGUCGACGAGGCUGCCGUCGUGGCCCGGCCGGACGAGUACUGGGGGGAGACGCCCUGUGCCUUCCUGAGCCUGAAGCAGGAGUACCAGGGGAGGACGAGCGAGAAAGAGAUUAUUGCUUUCUGCAGGGAGAAUCUCCCUCACUACAUGGUGCCGAAGACGGUGGUGUUUGGGGAGCUGCCCAAGACCUCAACGGGAAAGACGCAGAAGGCUGUGUUGAGGCAGAAGGCCAAGGCCUUGGGAUCAUUGUCCCACGGCUCUGUGUUCCCGAGUAGGAUGUGAGUUUGAGUGUUCAUGAGAGGAAGCAUCUUCCUGUGACCUCUGAUUCGUUCUGUGUGGACCUUUUGCCUGUAUGCUUGAAGCCUCCUCCUUUUCCGAGGCUGCGCUCUCUUUUCCCUGUUUUGUUGUACGAAAGGUUCUGUUCAACUAGAGAAAAAAGCAACUCACCUGUAACCUGUCGCCGUCAGCCUGAAGAGCGAUCAGGUGAGCAGUAAUUUGCUAUCUACUUAUCAAGCUGUCCAACCACAAAAGCCCUCCCAUUAAUGCAUUGUUAAAAAGUUUGAAAAUUA